AUGCGGCCACCAUGUGUAUUCUGCAAGAAUGGAGCCGGCAAGGCAGGAAAACUGCUCAAGUGUCUUCACAAGAUCUGCUUAGACUGUCUUCCGCACAGUAUUCAGCAAGAUGGACGGAUACGCUGUUCCAAAUGUCCACGUACUACGCCAUGUCCACCGCCUGGUCGCAAUUACAAACAGGUGUUGGUUGACGACUCCAUGUUCCACACUGUUUUAGAUAGUCAUGAUGGAACCACGAAUGCGAACACUAAAGACGAUGAUCAUCAAAUCUUUGCUGGUGAAAGCAUGGAUUCUCCUAACAUCCCACAAGAAUCAAAGAGCUCUCACCUAGUCCAUUCUGCCGUUGUGGAUGCUCAAGGUUUCCAGAUAUCUCAUCACGGGCGAGUGCACUUUUGCUCUUACCAUAUGAAGAUGAAGUUGCAGUAUUACUGCACCCUAUGUCGGGAGGUUUUGUGUGAAACGUGUAAGGAACAAGAUGAGCACGCGUCACAUAUCGAUCAGAUCAAUGAUGGCGCUGAAGCAGCCGGAACCUUAAGACACAGACUUACGGAGCGCCUGAGCAACAUGAUCCCUGAUGACAACGAAAAGGAAGUGAACGAAAGCCUGGAUUACGCCGGUGAUCUUCUCACAGCAUUUGAGUGUGACUCUGCAAGUCAAGUGUCCAGGAUCAAGACAAUGAUACAUGAGCAGUGCCAGGAGCUACUUUUCAGAGUAGAGAAGCGAAAACAGGAGCUGAUUAGCGAGGGUGAAUUGCGGAAGAAGGAGCUAGUCGAAGUCCUAGACCAUUUACGGGAGUCGAACAACGCUCUUCAUCACAUACUUGACGCACCCAGAAAUGCUCUAAGAAUCAAAGACCUCGUUAAAAUGCGUCCACAUUCGAUUCAGCUUCUGACAGACGUGUCUCGUGACAUUGUGGCCAGAGGAAGAUCGCUACUGUGGAGAAUAGCAUUCACGUGCAGGAAAAUGUCAGAAGUGGAAGGACAAUUUCGUAUUAUGGGUUUAUGA